GUUUGGUGUCAUUCGUCGGAAGUCGGUUAUAAUAUUUUAUCUAGUAGUAGACUUGAAAUUUAAAUAAUAAUAAUUAUUCGAUAUUUAAAUAUUUUCAAUUUUGUUUUGCAUUUUACUGGCUUCUGAUUUGAGAUAUUAGCUCAUCAUGGAGAAUAUAGACAACAUAAUAACGAAACAAGUCGAAAAUCAAUUUAAAUCUCUUGAAGCAGAACCCCUUCAACACAUCUGGCAGAUGAAAAGAUUAAAAUCACUACAAAAUUGGACCAUGGCUAAACCUAGUGCCAAGGAAAUGGCCGAAGCAGGAUUCUACUGCCCAAAUCCGGAUAUACCUGAUACAGUAAGAUGUUUUUCGUGUUUCAUCGAAUUAGAUGGUUGGGAGUCGACUGAUAAGCCUUGGGAAGAACACAAGAAACGAGCCUUGUCAUUAAACCCGCCAUGUAGAUUUAUUGAAAUAGGUAAGAAGGAAUCAGAUUUUAUAGUAGACGAUUUCUUAGAAAUCCAAAAGAGUGUGAUAUUACGCAUUUUUAAUGAAAAAUGUGAAAAACUCACAAAAAAUGCACUAUCUCUUCACAAAAAGAAAAAAUCAGCGCUUAAAAAAGACCUCCAAAAAAAGGGAAUGUCAUGAAAAUAUAUAAUAUAUUAUAUAUAUGUGUAGACAUACAAUUCAAUAUGCUUGGCGCAGUUAAAUUUAUUGUAAAUUAGUUAAUAUAUAUUAUAAACAAGUUACUGACUUGUCUAAUUAAUAUAAUAUUAUAUACGGUUUACAAUGUACGCUUGUAACUUGAUUUGAUAAAAUUUAAAUGGAAUUUUAUUACCAAUAACUUUUUUAAAUUAACACUUGUAAAUUAGACAUAAAACAUUUUCAUUGUGAUUUAUUUAUUAGUAAUUAAAAUUAAUGAACACUUGGAGUGGAUACAUGUUAACGCUUUUCAUACAAUUAUAAGUCUUGUUAAGAUUGAUUUUAUGCCUUUGUCUAUUUUAUUGUUUAUUUUAUUAGAAUUAUUUACUUUGAUUAUUGUAUAACUUAUCAAUAUCUACUUAUAAUGGGAUCAUAUUGUAACAAACAAUUAAUUAAAACAUUUUAAUUAUUGAUAUCAAUAGGUAAUAAUUAAAAUGUUUUGUGUGUACUGUAUUGUUUCUAUAUCAAACUAUUUAACUUUUCUUAUAAGCUGAUUAUGUAUAAUAAUGAUUUGAAUUUAAUUGAUGUUCAAAAAGUAUUAGGUAAUGACUCCGAAUAAAAAAGUCACUAUAAAAAUGUUUCUUGAUAGGUACAAUUUAUUAAGUACAAAAUAAAUUGUGCAAAAGUAUUCAUUUUUAUAGGUGUAUAAUUCUACAUCAAGUCUUAUGUAUUUAUGACAUAACUAAGGGUAUCAAUUGUAUAUAUUUUGUCGCCUACCUCUUAUUCUCAAUAAAAAAAAUGUUGAUUGUAAUUUUGUUGGCAUUUUUUAUUGAUAUUACUACAAAUGUAUUAAUUUGUAUAUAUUUAAUUUUAAUCACCCCAUGUAACCCUUUUUAAUUUUAAAUACCCCUUCCUUUAUCACUUUGCUACCAGAUAAAGUAAAAAUACCUGUUGUACUAUUUUAUUUUUUAUAUACAGUUACAAAAUUAUCAAAUAAAAGUAAAUAAUUUAAUAUUUCAUAAUUAGACCUAAAAAAAUUCCUAAAAAUCCUUAAACGUCAUACAUUUUAUUUGUUUUAAGGAUAUCUUUUUUUAUUGUAAAAAUUGAAUGACAGUAUUAAAUAUUGUGAUUAAUAACUAAUUAACAUUUAUUUUUAAGAGGACAUUAUACCCGCAUGUAUUGUCUCUGUCUUACAAGUGCGUAACAUAGCAAAUUGUACGCUCAGCAAAGUACGUGAAACUCC